UACAACACUCCACUACUCGUUACUACUGUCUUAACCACCACCCGUCGGGCCGAUAACUAUUAACUACUUGCGUUGCGUAAAUACGGGUUUUUGUAUAGUUAAAGUUGUGUACGUAAUUCGUGGGUAUUAUACCUAUGCCGAGUGGUCACUGUGGUCAGCAGUUCUCAGUGUCCAGUGACGACUGACGUCCGACGUUGACGAAAAUAACACUCCACGCUUAAUAAAUAUACUCCAUUAUCACAAAAGACUUUAUGUGUAUAUAAUUUAAUACGCACACACGCACACACACAUUGAAAUAAAACUAAACCAGAACAGUUAUUGUCACAAUAUUAUUGCAUCAUAACAGUGAUCGUUAUUAUUGUUCGUGUUUACUGCGACGCGGUCGAUUGUUUUCGUAUCUAUCUUUUGCGUCGUUUCACCUGCCUAAAGAAAAGAACAAUAAAUCUUAUUUCAUUUUGGACGCAAGUCGUGUCGACGCGUGCAGUCAAUUACUAUCGUAGUCGUCAAUUGUCGCUGACCACGCGAUCAUGGCGACCAGGAAGAAGGUUCUGUUGAAAGUGAUCAUACUAGGUGAUUCGAGCGUGGGUAAGACGUCGCUGAUGAACCAGUACGUCAACAAGAAAUUUACCAACCAGUACAAGGCGACCAUCGGCGCCGACUUCCUGACCAAAGAGGUGAUGGUCGACGACCGGAUCGUAACGAUGCAGAUAUGGGAUACAGCUGGUCAAGAACGUUUCCAGUCAUUAGGAGUGGCAUUUUAUCGUGGUGCUGAUUGUUGUGUAUUGGUAUUUGAUGUUACAUCGCCAGGAUCUUUCAAAUCUUUAGAUGGAUGGCGAGAUGAGUUUCUAAUACAAGCAUCACCAUCUGAUCCAGAUCAUUUUCCUUUUGUGGUCCUAGGCAACAAAGUUGAUUUAGAUAAUCGAGCCGUGUCCACUAAAAGGGCUCAACAAUGGUGUCAGAGCAAGAAUGGUUUACCAUAUUUCGAAACAUCUGCUAAAGAAGCAGUCAAUGUUGAACAAGCUUUCAAAACGAUAGCACGAAAUGCAUUAGCUCAAGAAUCAGAUGUAGAGUUGUAUAAUGAAUUUCCAGAUCAAAUAAAAUUGGACGGUGGUUCUUCAGACAACAGAUCUUCGGGUAGUGAUAAUUGUGCUUGUUAAUAAUAGUAAAUUAUUAAAUUUCCUGAAAUAUUGCUGUCUAUUAUCAACAUACUCCUUGGCUGAGUUUCUAACAAGAGUCUCAAUGUUAUUGUCUUGAUGAGUAUAAUUAUAUUUAUAUAUAUAUAUAUAUAUAAAUUAAUGAAAAAGAACAUUAUAUAAAACGUGGAGAUAGUCUAUUAUUUAAU